CCAAUCCAGCAAUCCUCCAUAUAUAGGGGGUUGCAUCCAAACAGCAUCCUUCUUGUCAAGAACAAUGCAAUAGGGCUUGACCAGUAGUGAGACUAUGUCGACGACAUAUAUAACCAAGAACAAUGUCUAUGGCACCUCUGAUGACAAGGAAUCGAGGAAAGAUGUGAAGAAGUCGGCUAGUGUCGAGAGAUUGUUGCUUGUCCGGACCACAAAACUUUCUACAAUUACCAUCAAGCUAUACAGGCUCAUGAUAAUCGUCCGGAUGGGCAUCUUCGUGAUGUUCUUCAAGUGGCGAAUCAGCACUGCUCUUGCCAUGAUUAGCUCCACAGGCACCGAUGACAAAAGUACAGUUCUUGGCAUGUGGAUGGUGUCCAUCGCCGGGGAGCUCUGGUUUGCCCUGAUGUGGGUGCUGGACCAGCUGCCCAAGAUGCAGCCUGUCCGGCGCACCGUCUACGUCAGUGCACUCGAUGAGUCGAUGCUUCCGGCCAUGGAUGUAUUCGUGACCACCGCCGACACCGAGAAGGAGCCGCCGCUGGUGACCGUGAACACCAUCCUCUCCAUCCUCGCGGCGGACUACCCCGCCGAAAAGCUCACUUGCUACGUCUCCGACGACGGUGGCGCUCAGAUCACGCGCGACACGGUCGCCGAGGCUGCCCGGUUCGCUGGACUGUGGGUGCCGUUCUGCCGGAAGCACGCGGUGGAGCCGAGGAACCCAGAGGCCUACUUCAGCCCCGGCGCCGCCGCCAGUAAUGGCGUCGUCAAGGCGAGGAGGGGUGACUAUAAGGGAAGGGCGUGGCCGGAGCUGGCAAGGGACCGGCGGCGCGUGCGCCGGGAGUACGAAGAGCUGCGGCUGCGGAUCGACGCUCUGCAAGCCGGAGACUUGCGGCGCCAGCAGCGGUCGACGUCGUCGCUGGCCGAUGGAAGCUGCUGGCGGCGUGGCACCGCGGAAGAUCAUGCCGGAGCUGUCGAAUUGGUACUCGAUACUCCCGGCAGCACACCAGAACUUGGUGCCAUCAGCGCCGUCGGUGGUGUCGGCAAUCAUCUGGACCUCAGCACCGUCGACGUGCGGGUUCCAGCGCUCGUGUACAUGUGCCGGGAGAAGCGCCGCGGCCGCGUGCACCACGGCAAGGCCGGCGCCAUGAACGCGCUGCUCCGUGCCUCGGCCGUGCUCUCCAACGCGCCCUUCCUCCUCAACCUUGACUGCGACCACUACGUGAACAACUCGCAGGCUCUCCGCGCCGGCGUCUGCCACCUGCUCGACGGCGAGGAGGGCAGCGACGUGGCGUUCGUCCAGUUCCCGCAGCGCUUCGACGGCGUCGACCCCGCCGACCGGUACGCCAACCACAACCGCGUCUUCUUCGACUGCACUGAACUCGGUCUCGACGGCCUUCAGGGACCCAUCUACGUCGGAACCGGCUGCAUCUUUCGCCGGGCGGCGCUAUACGGCGUCGAACCGCCGCUCUGGAGACCACACGGCGACGACGCUGGCAAGGGCACUGAAGCCGACAAGUUGGCCGUGUCGACGCCGUUCCUUCGCUCGGUUCAUGCGGUCCUGAUGAACCAGCCGGAGUCGGAGGCGGAGCAAUGGAACACGGUCGUUAGUAUUUCACCACCAGCGUCCUCGUCGUUCGAUGCGGCUGCCGUCGUCGAGGCAACGGCGCUCGUCUCGUGCGGCUACGAGGACGGGACGGCGUGGGGCCGUGACAUCGGCUGGAUGUACGGCAGCGUGACAGAGGACGUGGCCACGAGCUUCUGCAUGCACCGGCGAGGGUGGCGCUCCGCCUACUGCGCCACCGCGCCGGACGCGUUCCGCGGCACGGCGCCCAUCAACCUCACAGACCGGCUGUACCAGGUGCUCCGGUGGGCGGCGGGCUCCCUGGAGAUACUCUUCUCCCGCAACAACGCCCUCCUCGCCGGCGGCGGCCGGCUGCACCCGCUGCAGCGCCUGGCGUACCUCAACACCACGGUGUACCCGUUCACCUCCAUCUUUCUCAUAGCCUACUGCGGCCUCUUCCCGGCGAUCCAGCUCGUGACCGGGACCGGGACCGGGAAGGACGCCGCCACCACCGGCGGCGGCGCCUUCUUCUCAAUAAUCAUCAGGCCGCCGUCUGCCACGUACAUCGCCUUUGUGGCGGCUCUGAUGCUGACGCUCGCGAUGGUGGCCGUCCUGGAGGCGAGGUGGUCCGGCAUAGCGUUGGUCGACUGGUGGCGGAACCAGCAGUUCUGGAUGGUGUCUGCGACGAGCGCAUACCUGGCGGCGGCGGUGCAGGUGGCGCUCAAGGUCGCGGCCGGGAAGGAGAUAUCGUUCAAGUUGACGUCCAAGCAGCGUGCGACGGCGAGCAAUGGUGCGGCCAGUGUGAAAGACAGGUUCGCUGAGCUCUACGCCGUGAGGUGGACGGUGCUGAUGGUCCCGACGGCCAUGGUGCUAGCGGUGAACCUGACGUCCAUGGUUGCAGCGAUGAUGGAAGGGGGGUCGUGGAGGGAUGCCGGCCCAAUGGAGGUGUUCGCUUUGGCGUUCAACGCGUACGUGGUGGUGCAUCUCUACCCCUUCGCCCUGGGGCUCAUGGGUCGCUGGAGCAACACGUUGAGCCCCGUGCUUGUCGCAUUCUUCACCGUUCGAUUACUUUGCUUCGUCCUCUAUGUACGCAUACUUUAAGUUUCUUCUGUACUUUAAUAUGCCUGCUAUUUGACUGAUGACUAGCAAAUUUUGAAAUACAACAGCUGUGCGUGAACUACUCUCCGGCCGGUUAU